UGUCCCAGGCCGCACAGUCCAGCAAACCCAGUCACAGGAUGACAGCCAGAAGGACAGUCUAUAUCUAAAGUCUCUGGAAGGCUUUGUCGCUGUGGUAACAUCAGAUGGGGACAUGAUAUUCCUUUCAGAAAACGUCAGAAAAUGUAUGGGCCUUACGCAGGUAGAACUGACAGGCCACAGCAUCUUUGACUUCACGCACCCCUGCGAUCAUGAAGAAAUCCGAGAGAAUCUCAGUGUCAAAUCAGGACCUGUGUAUGGCAGAAGAGGGAGAGACAUGAGCACGGGCAGAGAUUUCUUUAUGAGGAUGAAAUGUACGGUCACCAAUAGAGGUCGCACUGUCAACCUCAAAUCAGCCAGCUGGAAGGUGCUGCAUUGCACGGGGCAUCUCCAAGUGUGCAGCAGCCGCCCCCCUCAAGUCCUGUGUGGGUUUUCAGAGCCACCCCUCACAUGCGUCACUAUGCUGUGCGCGCCGAUUCCACAUCCCUCAAAUGUCGACACACCUCUCGACAGCAAGACGUUCAUGAGCAGACACAGUAUGGACAUGAAGUUUAUCUACUGUGAUGAGAGAGUAAGCAGCCUGAUCGGUUAUAUGCCAGAGGAACUUCUUGGCCGUUCGGUGUAUGAGUUCUGCCAUGCUUUGGAUUCUGAAAGCAUGACAAAGAGCCACCAAAAUCUUUGUAAUAAGGGUCAAGUGGUGAGUGGCCAGUACAGAAUGCUAGCCAAGCACGGGGGCUACGUUUGGAUGGAGACCCAGGCGACCGUCAUCUACAACAAUCGCAACUCCCAACCACAGUGCAUCAUCUGCAUCAACUACGUCCUGAGUUCUGUUGAGGAGCAGUCCGUCAUCUUCUCCCUGGAUCAGACAGAGUCUCUGUUCAAGCCCUACCACAUGUGUAACAUGGGAGAACUGUUCAGCCAGGGUGGAGCUUCCCCCGUUUCUGAAGCUGAGGACAUUCUUUUCACUAAGCUCAAGGAGGAGCCUGAGGAGUUAGCUCAGUUAGCUCCAAUGCCAGGAGACGCCAUCAUUGCCCUGGACUUUGAUAGGCCAGAUUUUGAAGAACCGACUUUCUUCUCCAAGUCCACCAAGCUUCCUGUGGUGGCACCGUCGUGGGUUGUGGACACGCCGCCUGAUGGCAGUCCUGAUAGAAAACUGCCCAACAUGCUGUCCACCUUCACCAGACCCCAGGUGCCUCCUGCAGGCAAAUGCACGCCCUGUUCCACACCCUGCUUGAGCAGCCGCAGCAGCUGUUCUACACCUAGCAGUCCAGUAGAUUACUGUGGCAAUGGAGAGUGUGAUCUGAAGGUGGAGCUAAUAGAGAAGUUGUUCGCCCUUGAAUCUGUAGCAACAAAUCCCACAGACUCCUGGUUGGACCUGAGUGAUCUGGACCUGGAGACUCUUGCUCCAUACAUCCCAAUGGAUGGUGAGGACUUCCAGCUGCACCCCAUCUGCCUGGAGGAGCCGGUGUCUGACGCAGGUCCAGGCCUAAGCACAGCCUUCCAGCACAGCUUCAGCAGUGUAGCUGACCUCUUCCAGCCCCUGGGUCCAUUCCUUCCUCACAACAAGAGCAGCACUAACACAUGUCCGGACACGGCUCAUGUGCAGCCUUACCAUACCACACCAAACGUCCCAUUUUUCUCUAAGGAGGGUGGACAGAUUCUUCAGUGGCCCCCUGACCCACCCUCACAGUAUGAGCGUACAGAUAUUAGAUGCAUGGAUGACCGAAGCACAGCAGAUCCAGGACAAACAUGCAAUUUCACCACUGCACUACCACAGCAAAGAUUUUUUGAGAGCUUUGCCCCUUUACAGAAAGGCACGAGUGUGGGUCAGAUAGCUCUCAUCAACAACUUCAAACGGAAGAGGCUGUCAGAAUUCAGUCCAUCAUGCUCUUUCACUGAUAUUCCAAAGGUGGUAGCUCCUCACAAGUCUGCAGAUGGAAUGCAAAAAAGGAUGAAGACGAUGAACGUCGACAGCUGCGCCUUCUCUGUCAGAAAGUCUCUCAGCACAAGUGUGCUAACAGAUACAUUUCCAUGUAUGCAAAGUGGAUUGGUGGCUCCUCACGGCUGCAGUCAGUCUCUCAAAGGAAGCUCAGAGGAUCUCAAACAGCAUCUCCCAGAGUCAUUCAGCUCUCCCAGUAACAGACAAUACCACAUGAUGCCUCCACACAAACACACAGGUCAGUCUCCAGCCUUUCUAAUACGCUGAUUUGGU